UAGUUGUGCUCUGAAGCUCCCAGCCUCCCUGCAAAGCUAUAGAAGAGGCUAGAGAAACAGCAGCAAGCCCCUUUUGUCUUUCUUUAAAAUAAAAUAAAUAAUAAUAAUAAGACAGACGAAGCAGGAGAGACAUUCCUCUUGAGCCCGACGCCGUCAGUGUCAAAGGGUUCAUUUUGAGGCGGCUGGGACAGCAACUUCCGAAGGGCGGGCGGGAAAGAACCAGCCUGACUCUGCGCUUCCCCUCGACUUCUAGUAGUGGCCAGAAGUGGACUGUAGUCUCCAUCCUUUUCCAGUGCAGUUGCUCCAACAGCAACCAGUAUCUUCAGCUGGCGAGUGAGUCGUUCGCCUCUGCCUGGCUGUGGGGAUUCCUCCAGAGAGGAGCCGCCGCCGCUCACAUUGGCUGAGUGAGGAGGGGCUUGGCAGUAAAAGAAAGGGACGAAUCUAAAUAGACCCUGCGGAGCGGGAGGGGGAAGAAGGAAGAGGAGAGAUUCAGCUCACCACCAGCCGCUUCUGAAAGCAGAUUACAAUUAGCCUUUUAAAAAUGGCUGCUUUCAAACUGUCAGCUGAGGCAGAAGAGGACUUUUGAGUCUCCCGUUUUAAGGGAGCAAGAGAGACAAGGAGUGCCUGUUCCCCCCGCCAGCUCAGGCCCACUUGGGUUGGAAUGCUGGAAGGGCUCCCGGGCGGGGGGACUCUGGAGCUUUCCUCUCAGUGCCUGCUUGAAGAAGCAUCACCUCCACCGCCGUCCUUGCCCUGCUGUUGCUGCUUAAGAGGACGAGCCGCACAGAACAGAGCGGGGAGAGGCGAAGAACGGAGAAGCCACAUUAUUCUGUGCGGUUAGGGGGGGAUGUACAAGGUCAGGAGCCCGUCUUCCGUUCGUGGAAGACGGGGGCAAUGAGCCCUGAGGAAGAGGAGGAGGAGGGACGGCUGCUGCGGGCGGCGUUUUACCUGGGGGAUAAACAGGAGGAGCUGUGAGGAUAAUUGGCAAGGGAGGAAAAGCAGCACUUGGAGGACUUCCCCCCCGCCUCCCUUAGCGGAAUUAGCUAAUCCUCUUCAGGACACAUCUUCCCAGCCUGUUCGUGUUUCUGUGAAGACCCGCUCUGUUUCUUCGUUACCCCUGCUGAGCUCGCUCUGAUCCUGACGCGGGGGAAUGUGUGUGGAGUGGUGGGGAUUGCUUUCAUCCUUGUCCGAUCUGCACAAGGAACUGGGUUAAUCUCUUUUCCCACCCCCAGCCCAGCUCUUCAGAGAGCUGGUUGCGGAUGUGCUCUGUGGCAAAGAUGCUGGGGAAAGUCCUGCGCAGGAUGGGAGGCCCUCCUGUGAUCCUUGGCGCCUGGAGACCCUUUUCUUGUUCCUCGUGCUGCUUCUCUUCCUUCCUGGAUAUGAACAACUGGCUGCUCUUCUAUGGAUUAUUGUACCUGGUGCUCUAUGCCCAAGUCUCCCAGUCAAAACCUUGCGAAAGAACCUCCUGCUUCUCGGGUCGAUGUGUCAAUUCCACCUGCCUCUGUGACCAAGGCUGGGUAGGGGAUCAAUGCCAGCACUGCCAAGGCAGGUUCAAGUUAACUGAACCUUCUGGAUAUUUAACAGAUGGACCAAUAAAUUAUAAAUACAAAACUAAAUGUACAUGGUUAAUUGAAGGAAGUCCUAAUUCAGUUUUAAGAUUGAGGUUUAAUCAUUUUGCUACAGAAUGUAGUUGGGACCAUAUGUAUGUUUAUGAUGGAGAUUCAAUAUAUGCACCUUUAAUAGCUGUAUUUAGUGGUCUUAUAGUUCCUGAAGUACGUGGAAAUGAAACUGUACCUGAAGUAGUUACUACAUCUGGCUAUGCAUUGCUACACUUUUUUAGUGAUGCUGCUUAUAAUUUAACCGGAUUUAAUAUUUUUUUCUCAAUUAAUUCAUGUCCCAAUAAUUGCUCAGGGCAUGGAAAGUGCACAACUAGUAUUUCCAUUCCAAACCAGGUGUAUUGUGAGUGUGACAAAUAUUGGAAGGGAGAAGCCUGUGAUAUUCCUUACUGUAAAGCUAAUUGUGGAAGUCCUGAUCAUGGCUACUGUGAUUUAACAGGAGAGAAACUCUGCGUGUGCAAUGACAGCUGGCAAGGUCCCGAUUGUUCGUUGAAUGUUCCUUCCACAGAGUCUUAUUGGAUUCUACCUAAUGUGAAGCCAUUUAGUCCAUCUGUAGGCCGAGCUUCCCACAAGGCAGUUCUACAUGGAAAGUUUAUGUGGGUUAUUGGUGGAUAUGCUUUUAAUUACAGUACAUUCCAAAUGGUAUUAAACUAUAAUUUGGAAAGCAGCAUCUGGAAUGUAGUACCUGUAUCGAAAGGACCUCUUCAGAGAUAUGGACACACUAUUGCUUUAUAUCAGGAUGACAUUUACAUGUAUGGAGGCAAAAUAGAAACAAAUACCGGGAAUGUCACUGAUGAAUUAUGGAUUUUCAACAUCCCCAGCCAGAUUUGGAGUCCCAGAAUUCCAGCAGUACUUGUUCAUGGCCAGCAAUAUGCAGUUGAGGGUCACUCUGCACAUAUAGUGGAGCUGGAUAGCAGGGAUGUUGUCAUGGUCGUGAUUUUUGGGUAUUCUGUGAUAUAUGGCUAUACAAGCAGCAUACAGGAGUACUAUAUCAGGUCAAAUUCUUGGCUUGUGCCAGAAACAAAAGGAGCAAUUGUCCAAGGUGGAUAUGGCCAUACCAGUGUCUAUGAUGGUACAACAAAAUCCAUUUAUGUUCAUGGUGGAUACAAAGCAUUGCCUGGUAAUAAAUAUGGAUUGGUUGAUGAUUUUUACAGAUAUGAAGUUAACACUAGGACCUGGACCAUUUUGAAAGAGAGUGGUUUUGCAAGGUAUCUCCAUUCGGCUGUACUAAUCAGUGGAGCUAUGCUAAUUUUUGGUGGAAACACUCAUAAUGAUACUUCUCUGAGUAAUGGUGCAAAGUGUUUUUCUGCUGAUUUUCUGGCCUAUGACAUAGCUUGUGACGAAUGGAAAAUUCUUCCAAAACCUAACCUUCAUCGUGAUGUGAACAGAUUUGGUCACUCUGCAGUUGUCAGCAAUGGGUCCAUGUAUAUAUUUGGAGGCUUUUCAAGCGUUCUGCUAAAUGACAUCCUUGUGUAUAAACCUCCCAACUGUGAAGCAUUCAGGGAUGAAGAGUUUUGUAAAAAUGCUGGGCCAGGAUUAAGGUGUUUAUGGGACAAAAAUCACUGUGCAUCAUGGGAGUCUGGACAUACUAAUAUCAUUCUUAGGGCAAAGUGUCCCAGAAAAAUAGCCGCAGCAGAUGACAGAUGUUACAGAUAUGCAGACUGUGCCAGCUGUACUGCCAAUACCAAUGGCUGUCAAUGGUGUGAUGACAAGAAAUGUAUUUCAGCAAACAGUAACUGUAGUGUGUCAGUGAAAAACUACACCAAAUGUCACGUACGAAAUGAACAGAUCUGUAAUAAGCUGACUAGCUGUAAAAGCUGUUCACUAAACCUCAACUGCCAGUGGGACCAGCGACAGCAAGAAUGCCAAGCUUUGCCAGCUCAUCUGUGUGGAGAAGGGUGGAAUCAUGUUGGAGAUGCCUGCCUCCGUAUAAACUCUAGUCGUGAAAACUAUGACAAUGCCAGACUUUAUUGCUAUGGCUUAAAUGGGAUCCUUGCUUCAUUAACAACCUCAAAAGAAGUAGAGUUUGUUUUGGAUGAAAUACAGAAGUAUACUCUACAGAAAAUAUCGCCAUGGGUGGGUCUACGCAAGAUAAACAUCUCCUACUGGGGAUGGGAUGACAUGUCUCCCUUUACGAACACGACAUUGCAGUGGCUCCCUGGAGAACCGAAUGACUCCGGAUUCUGUGCCUAUCUUGAAAGGGCAGAGGUUGCAGGUCUGAAAGCAAAUCCAUGCACAGCUAUGGCUGAUGGCCUUGUAUGUGAAAAGCCUGUUGUUAGUCCAAAUCAGAAUGCUAGACCUUGCAAAAAGCCAUGUUCCUUAAGGACAACGUGUUCCAACUGCACAAGCAGCGGCAUGGAGUGCAUGUGGUGUAGCAGUACAAAACGAUGCGUUGACUCAAAUGCCUACAUAAUCUCCUUUCCAUAUGGGCAGUGUCUAGAGUGGCAGACUACCACCUGCUCUCCUCAAAACUGCUCCGGCUUGAGGACUUGUGGACAGUGUCUGGAACAUCCAGGAUGUGGAUGGUGCAACGAUCCCAGUAACACAGGCAAAGGCCAUUGCGUGGAAGGGUCUUCAAGGGGGCCAAUGAAGUUCAGUGGCAUUCAUUCUGCUGAAAUGGUUCUUGACAACAAUCUUUGUCCCAAAGAGAAAAAUUAUGAAUGGUCUUUUAUCCAGUGCCCAGCUUGCCAGUGCAAUGGACAUAGUACCUGUGCUAAUGGCAAUGUCUGUGAUCAGUGCAAAAACCUAACCACAGGAAAACAAUGUGAAACGUGUAUGCCAGGCUAUUAUGGGGAUCCAACUAAUGGAGGGCAAUGUACAGCUUGCACAUGCAGUGGACAUGCAAAUAUUUGUCACAUGCAAACAGGAAAAUGCUUCUGUACAACUAAGGGGAUCAAAGGAGACCAGUGUCAACUCUGUGAUUCUGAAAACAGGUACCUUGGUAAUCCUCUCAGGGGAACAUGUUACUAUAGCUUACUGAUUGACUACCAGUUUACCUUCAGCUUGUUACAAGAAGAUGACCGUCAUCACACUGCCAUAAACUUCAUUGCAAAUCCCGAACAGUCAAACAAAAAUUUGGACAUAUCAAUUAAUGCAUCAAACAACUUUAACCUGAAUAUCACUUGGUCUAUUGGCUCUACAGCUGGAACAAUAUCUGGAGAAGAAGUUCCUGUCGUUUCAAAGGCCAACAUCAAGGAAUACCGAGAUAGCUUUUCCUGUGAAAAGUUCAACUUCAGGAGCAACCCAAAUAUCACUUUUUAUGUAUAUGUCAGCAACUUUUCAUGGCCAAUCAAAAUACAGAUUGCAUUUUCACAGCACAACACCAUCAUGGACCUGGUGCAGUUUUUUGUCACAUUCUUCAGUUGCUUUUUGUCAUUGCUGUUGGUGGCUGCCGUCGUGUGGAAAAUAAAGCAAACCUGCUGGGCUUCUCGACGAAGAGAGCAACUUAUGCGGGAGCGACAGCAGAUGGCCAGCCGUCCCUUUGCUUCUGUGGACGUAGCACUGGAAGUAGGAGCUGAGCAAACAGACUUGCUACGAGGGCCAUUAGAGGAAAAUUGCAUGAGAGAAACUGAAGUUGUUCCUGUGAUUUGCUGUGACUCUUCCCCCGAUAACUUUGACUCAGCCGCUGGAGAAUUGCCUUGGUCCUACCCUGCUAACUCAGGCCCAGCACUUCAUCGGCGAUCCCAGCUGGCAACAUUUGAUACCCUCCAUAACAACUUGGAGACUGGAGUGUCAUUUCGAGAUGGACAUGACUUAGCUACAACUCAUGAUUGUACCCAUUAUUCAGCUGAAACUGAUAAGGGAGCGGAAUAAUGAAUGGUGGGAGUGCAUCAGCUAUGUUGACUGUGACUGUAACUUUACUGAACAAUCUAACCUGACUUCACAUGACAUACUAUGUUGUGUUACACACAGAAGACCUGGGAGGGCUACAGUGGGAAAUGAAAUCAUAUAUGUUAAACCAUGUUAGGAAUUGCCCUGAGGAAAUGUUACCUAGGGCCUCUACCAUCUGACACCCGAGGAAUAUCUGUGGAUAUUCCAUGGAAUAAACACUCACAUUUUUGGUAAUUUCCUGGGCUUACAUCAUCACCCUGCCCAUGACCUGCAGGGUGAUAGGCUUAGGCAGGUAGAUGCACACCUUCCAGUUCACCUGGAGCCUAUGUCUGUUUGAUUCAGGCUCACCAUUGACAUUUCAAGGGCAGAUAUUAGGGUAUAAUACCUUAAGAAUCAUUAUACCUUGAAGGCCUUUGGCCUAGUCAUCCCAAAAAGGAAUGGCCACACUCCUAGAAAGACUUGGCACUACAGCAGGGGCUUUGAGUGCCUAUGACAGUGAAUCACUUGCUCUGAGGCAUGCCAGCACCUCAGCCUUGAACCUUUCAGUGACCUGAGAUUACUGGACCUAGGAGCCUUGUCUGGGCAAGCAUUAUCCUCCAGUUAGAAAUACUGGGUGGUCUGCCAUGAGCCCAUGUGAGCUCAGGGUGAUAUCAAUAAUAAGAUAGACAAUAUGCUGAAUAUAAUCACCUGCUUAUAGUGGAAUCGAGCAGUAAUUACAAAGUAAGCAAAAUGAAAAUAGAAUUUGGAAGCUUACAAUAUACUCUUUGGCAGAAUUGGAUUAGACCCUACAGCUUUAUUUAUUUUUUAUUUUAUUUAUUUUUUCUAUUUCUAUACCGCCCUUCCAAAAAUGGCUCAGGGCGGUUUACACAGAGAAACAAAUAAAUAAGAUGGACACCUGCCUCCAAAGGGCUCACAAUCUAAAAGUAACAUAAGAUAGACACCAGCAACAGUCACUGGAGGUACUGUGCUGGGGGUGGAUAGGGCCAGUUACUCUCCCCCUGCUAAAUAAAGAGAAUCACCACAAUAAAAGGUGCCUCUUUGCCAAGUUGGCAGGCUUUGAAUGGGAUUCUACUGUCGCAUGCUCUAGGCACGAUAGUGUGGGGACAAAAGCAAAAUGUCUGAUUGCCCCUUUACCACACAUUGUAGAUUCUCAAAUGUGAAUGCUCAGAUUUUAUGGAACAUAUAUUACCUCAGCUAAUCAUAUGAGGGAAAGGAUGCAAGCACUGGCCUUCGGGUAAGGUGUGCCCCCUAAAUGCAGGCAUGUAUGGAGGGUGAACCUACCACCAUAACCAAGGAGAAUGUGAGUGGCACCCUUGCCCAUUUAACCUUGUUUUGAUAUAAGGGAUUGGCUGGACUCAAGUAUGUGUAAUAUUGAAUCAUUUUAUUUAUUUAUUUAUUUAGUAAAUUUAUAUACCUCUCCAUACAAAAAAAGUUCCAGGGUGGUAUAUAAAUCAUGUCAUUCAAUAGAAUGGCACAGAUAUUACCUGACCACCGGUUAGUGCCUGUACAACCUGUGUGAUAGACAUUUAUGAACCUGUCACUAGACUACAUGUUCAGCCCAGCAUAAAAGGCAUUGGCAGCCUCACUAGAAGGUUAAUUUUCCUUCCUGUUCUGUCCAUUAUGAGGUUCUCACUGCCAUCCUGCAAAACAGAACAUUGUUGGUAGGAAAUCUUCAAAAAGAUUUGGAGCCUUUCAGCUGCAAAGCUUGUAUGGUAGUAUCAUCCGUCCUGUUGUAUAACUAUUUUACCUAUAGCAUAUAUAUAUAUAGAACUUAUAUCCAUAAGCAGCCUAGUUCAUAUGGUAUUGUAGAGCCAUGGUGAUUUCCUGUCACAGACAAGGAGUGGACUGUAGUGACAUGGGAGGGAGCGAUCCACUUGUGCAAGAUCAUUGUAUAUGAGGAGGGAAAGUUUAGUGUCUGUGUUGGGAUCUAAGCCAUGAAAUGUAGUGUAUGCAUGUGCCAAUCCCUGUGUAGAAGGCACAAGACAGCCAACUUGUGUGAGAGUUAGUGGCCUGUAUAAAACAGUCUCUCUCCCUCUCAUCUGUGCUUGAGCCCCUUGUUUUAGUUAGUGAUAUAAUUAACUGCAUUGCCUUAUCAGUGUUCUGUGUGAGAAUCUUGCUCAUUAUACUAUCUUUCUGUUGGCUAUGCUUUGCUCAUGCAUAUCUAUUCGCCAGCAAGUGAAGGUUAUUUGUAAUAAACUAUAAAAGGUUGCCUCUUUAGAAUGCUAAUUGGAUCUCACCAUCAACUAGCAUGCAAGUGCCUUGGAUCAAUACUAAGAGCCACAUCCCCUACUGAAAUGGGAUCCCCAAUAGUAGGGAUGUACACGACCAGCUCAGGGUAGCCAGCAGUGGGGUGGGGAGCGGUUGCCUUAAAAAGCAGGUAAGAAGCUCAUUAACUGCUCAUCCCCGCCCCACCACUGUUCCGGUGGCAUUGCCUGCUCUCCAAGACGCUGCGUGUGGCUGCGGUGCUGUUCCCUGCAGCCUCCACACAGCAUCUGCACACACAUGGAUCUCAUUGCUGUUAAAGAGAAGAACAGCACACUAGUGGAGAACUGGGUUUUGUGGUAGCAAGCAUAAAUUUUUGCUAAGUAGGAUCUACCCUGGUAUGCAUUUGAAUAGGAGACUACCUCUGAGUACUGUAAGAUAUCUUAAAAAAACACCUGGAAAUUCAGUAAUCCAAAAAUCUUAGUUUAAAAUUAGAGUUAAGAUGCUUUUCAUUUUCAUUUGUGUUUUAAAAAGAAUGGAACUUGCAAGUUAAGGUGCCCAUCUUAACUUCUGUGCUGUAUAAGCUGUAAAGACUUUGUACAGUCUGUUAUUUGAUGAUGGCUUUAGAAAUGAGGCUCUAUGCAAACAAACUUUCACGAUCAGUGAGACCCGGUUUCUUCGAGUGCGUGAGGAGAGCGCGCUAAGCCUGCUCUCCCUGCAGAUGAGCGGGAGGGAGCCCUGGGCAGCCGGAUCGGCCACCACAUGAUUGCUGGCUCCGUGACGGAGCUGGCGGGGGCUGGGGGAGCAGGGACUGAUCGGCCCCCACAAGCUCCAGCAUGCCCUGCACAAGCGCGCAGGGCAUGCUGGCUUGUCGCCUCCCCUCCAGGGGUCUCCUCGUGAGUAGCCGCGGUGCGGAGCAGCUACUCACGAUCCGAUAGCCCAGGUUUGCAGAGCGCUCGCUCCGCAAACCCGGACUAAGGGGCGGGCUACUUGAGCAGGUUAGCCACUCAAGAACCACCAGGAUCUCAGCCGAGCCCGGUGGUUCUCAUGAUUGAAGAAAAUCAGGCUAGAGGAGGCUAGCCCGAUUUUCUUCAAUCCUGAGUAUAGCCUCUUUGCCUUGAUCUUUCAGUAGGACAUUGGGCUAGGGAGGGAUGCAUCCAGGCAGACAUUUAACAGGUGCAGUUUCCCUAAUCAUUUCCUAGAGAUGCCACUGAUGAAUUUCUGCCUGAUGCAUCUCUGAUCAAGGCAAAGUGUGGUGCAUGGAGUCUCAUCAUAUACCAGACUGUACAGCUUAUAUGGUGCAGAAGUUAAGAUGGGCACCUUAACUUGCAAUACGAUUCUUUUUAGGGCAUGAGUGAACAGCGGGGGCGGGGAGGAGCAGGUAAGAAGCUCCUUACCUGCUUUUUAAGGGAACUUCUCCCCAUCCAUCUGAGAGUGUUUGAAUGCCAGCUCCUGAGCUGGUUUGGCGUUUCCCAAAUUAUUAAAUUUGAGCUAUGCCCUGUGGGCUAGCUCAAGGGACAGCACAGUCUCUGAAACCUUAACAAUCAGCCCCUGGAAGAAUUUUGAAUAGUUCUUUUCAGUGUCCAGAAAUUAGACAAAGGAUGGGUGAAAUUUUGAAGAGGCAUUCAAAGGACACCAAAUAAUGAAGGUGCUUUAUAGUGACACUGAAACAAAAUACAUUGUAUAUCUCCAGUCUAGGUAGUAGUAUGUGUGUGUCUCCCUCCACCAAACCCAUUUGCAAGCUCUUCCUGUUUGAAGCAGAAUACACAUAGUUAGAAAAUAAGUUUCAUUUACCAGCUGACCUUCAGCAUUCAUCCUCCCUGCUUCUGCGGUGACACAUGCAUUUUGUUUGGAGCUGGCUAAAAGAGGCUUUAUAGAAAGAAUGGCUUACUUAAAACAAACCUGAAUGAAUGGUGAUCGACUGGUGAAAACUGGCUUUCUCUUUGCCUUUCACAAAACCUAGUGAAAUGUAAAGCCCAUUUGCUUUUUUUAAAUGUACCACUUUUCACAGAGCUCUUCCUAUCUCUUAAUUUAUCUCAACUGUGAGCUGUGAGCUGUUCCAGUACUCAUCUGACAAAUGCUUUUGUUGUUCUAUUUGUUUGCAGCUUGUAUUAGACUCAUCUAAAGAUGUCAACCUCUGUUCUCAUUCUCUUAACAUUCAUAACAUCUUCUAUCUCCAGUGUCUAGUUUUAACAAUUGUAUAUUUUUCCUUCUUUGGAACGUAUGGACUGAUUUGACAAAUCUGUCAGUACCUUUUGUUGAAGCAGAUUCUAACAGUCAGUGUAAUAAUGAUAAGCUGUUACCUUUCAAGAAAAAGUGUUAAAUAUAUAUAUAAUGGAUUUGUCAGAACCUGGGAUUAUGUUCAUUUUCCCCAGCAUGCUGUCUGCUUUCUUAACAUUUUAUACCAGGUACAAGUACAAUUAGCCUGUACGAUCUGUGGCUAUUAGAAACAUUUAAAAGUUUUGUACAUUAGUGCGUUAAAGUUUUCUAACCCAUUGCAUGCGAUUAAUGAAAUAGUCAGCUUCUUGCUUUGUUGAUUAUAGGGCAGUGUUUUUUAUGUCACUGUAACAGAAUGAUUGAUCUGUUUCAAGAGGAAAAAUCAAAUUUAAUGCAUGUGCUUUCUUCUAUAUGUUAUACCUGUUAGUAUUUUUUUAGAAAUUGGUGUAUUUUGUGCAUAUGUAGAUUAUAAAAAUCUACAUAUUUUAAAAGGAGGCUAUAGAUUUUAAUACAUACAUUUUAUAGAAUACUGUUGAAGUUGAAACUUCAUUUCAAGAAGCACUGGGCUUUGUUUAACUCUAUAUUUUUUAGUAUCCAAGUUACUCAACCAGACUUUUGCUUAAUUAAUAACUAUAGGAUAUGAGGCAGUUCCAGUGCUGCUUUUUCUAUUAACUUGCAAUUUCCUUUAGGAAAUGAGUAAACAGGGGAGGGGGGUGGGGUGGCUGCUGCAAAUAAAUGUGGCACAACUGUGAAUUGCCAAAAUUCAUUUGAAUUGAACUAUGAAAAAUGCCUAAAUCAAUUCUAAAGUUGAAUGCCUUAACUGAUCUGAGAUGCUGUGUUUUUGUUUUUGUUUUAAGUGGGGAUUGGGAGUGAGAGGGAAAGAUGCAGAAUUUGCUGGGUCACAACUCUGAUUCUUGUUGCUCCAGAAAGUAAAUGCUUGAGAUGAGGUACAGUAUACAACCCACUCUCCUAGCACAACAUCAAACGCCAUGAUAUUGCACUCAUUACAAGGCUAAUCUAACAGGCAUUAUCAGAACAGAACCAUAAUAUGUGUGUUUACUCCAAAGUAAGUCCCCCUUAGUUCAAUGGCGCUUACUCCCAGUUAUUUAUUUUUAAAUGCUGAUAACAUUUUGAUGUAUCAAAGCUACAUUUACAUAAAUUACUGUUCCUUGUCAGACUUCUAUUUAGUUUUCUGUCAAACUGCAUUUCAUGCAGGACUUUAUAAUAGAAAACAGCUAUGUUAUCAAAACAUAGGGAUAGGAAGUUGCCUUACACUGACUCAGACUAUUGGUCCAUCUAGCUCAGCACUGGCUGCACAGAUUUGGAGUGACUCUUUAGCAUCUGAGGCAGAGGUCUUUCUCAGCCCUAUGUGGAGAUACGAGGGAGGACACUGAAUAUGAGAUUUUCUGCAAGAAGAACAUGUGCUCUCUAAUAUCCCUACAUGUUGCUCUAUUAUCAGACAUAAGAACUUAAGAACAGCCCUGCUGGAUCAGGCCCAAGGCCCAUCUAGUCCAGCAUCCUGUUUCACACAGUGGCCCACCAGAUACCUCUGGGGAGCCCACAGGCAAGUGCAUGCCCUCUCUCCUGCUGUUGCUCCCCUGCAACUGGUAUUGAGCCAGUUUGCCAUAGAAGGGUUGGGUUAAAUUCUAGAAAGGAAUUGUAGCUCUUUCUGAACUAAAGUAUAUGAAUUACUGCAGAAGUCCAAGAAGGGUUCUGUUAAUCACCUGAAAACAAGCAGCUUUCCAUAUAAGGAAUAUUUAUUAGUCCUAGAAGGGAAAGUAUAGAUCUAUUCAAAUGGGGACUGGAAUCUUUAUUUUAAGUCAAGUCACUGAACAUAGUUGAUAUUAAAUUCUAUUAUGAAAUUUAUAGUUUAUCCUAUUUGUUUUAUCCAGUUUUGUGGCAGUGAUGGGCAGGUAGGAACUUUUGACAACUAACAACUACCUAUGUGCCCCACUAAUUAUACUUAUUCAAUCAGAACUAGUAGAGUGCCCAGCAUCAAGAAGGAACAUCUGUUUCCGUAUUGCUUCUCCUACAGACAUUUUGCCAGGCUCUUCAGUGGUUUUGCAUCUGUUUUGCAUGCUGAAGCUCCCAGGUCCAAUCUCUGGCAUCUCCAGGUCGGGCUGGGAAAGACUUGGGCCUGAAACUUUGGAGAGCCACUGCCAGUCAGUGCAGACUGUACUCUUCUAGAUGGGCCAAUGCUCUGACUUGAUAUAAGGCAACUUCCUAUAUUUCUAUGUUCGUCAACAAUUCAGGAGUGGAUACAAAAUGAACCCCCAAAGCAAAAGUCGAUCUUCUUACAAAGUGCUCAGUUGUAGCAACCAGAGGAUUUUCUUCUCUCAUACCAUGUUUUGGAUUGGGACCUACCACACCAUGGGAUGCCCUUGUCAGUAGCUAUAGUGCUUAUAAGUCUGGGAGUUGGGUGGACAGCUGAACUGCUUCAGCCAGGGGCAUAGCAAGGUUGGAGUGGGCCCAGAGACAAGAUUUUAAAAUGCCCCCCCCUCACUGAAGCUCAGUUCAUGAAAUAAAGAAAUCUUAAAUGAGGCUGAAGAGUGGUAACAAAAAGCAUUGUGUGUUUGUGUGUGUAUAUAUAUGUGUAUAUAUAUGUGUAUAUAUAUGUGUGUGUGUGUGUAUAUAUAUGUGUAUAUAUAUGUGUAUAUAUAUAUGUGUGUGUGUGUGUGUAUA